AUGCACCCCCUCCCCAGCGCCUCCUCGCCCACCCUCGUCCUCGCCCAGCCGAGCGAGGCCGAGCAGGUCCGCACGUGGACGCAGACCCGUCCGUGGUGGGGCGCGUCGUACACCCCCGAGGCCUACGUGGCGCGCGAGCGGCUCCUGCUCGGUGUCCCGCUGGCCCGCGACGGGGGCAUGACGCCGUGGAUCCUCACCGACGGCAGCGUUAUUCCGGAUGACGAGGGCCAGGAGAGCCGUCGCCCCGUGCUCGCCUCGUGUGAGACGCUGCGCAAGCGCGCUCUCGUCAGGGAUGCUGCCGAUGGUGUCGUCAGAGACGUCUGGGCUCACGGCGUGGCGAGCGUCUUUACCUAUCCCGAGUUUCGUCGUCGAGGCUAUGCCAAUAGGAUGAUGACGCUCCUGGGCGAGCACUUCGCCGCCCAGGAAGCCGCCCGGCCCGGCGACGCCGCCUUUUCCGUCCUCUUCUCCGACAUUGGCACCAGGUUCUACGCAGAGCUGGGCUGGACGCCCUACGAGAGCACCCAUCUCUCGUUCCCCGUCAAGCCAGCCUCGCCGGGGUCGUCCCCGGCGGCCGCCACGCCCAUUCUCGAUGCCGACCUACCCGCCAUGGCCGAGCUAGACGAGCGGAUCAUCCGAGACCAAAUCUCGCGCCCGCCCUCUGAUCCGGCCAAGACCCGCGUCGCCAUUCUCCCCAAUCUCGACACCCUCCGGUGGCACUUUGCCCGCGAAGCCUUCAUGUCAAACCACCUCUUCGCCGCAUCGCCUACCGUCCACGGCGCCAUGUACACCCCUCCUGGCGCCCCUAAUUCUCGCGUCUGGGGUCUCUGGUCGCGGAACCAGACUGGCGGCAAAGAGCACGUCGAGAAGAACACCUUGGACUUCCUUCGAUUCGUGGUCGAGGACGAGGCCCUGUCCGAUGAGGAGCUGUCCAAGGCCAUCAGGGCAAUCGUAGGCCACGCCCAGGUCGAGGCGCAAAAGUGGCUAUGUGCUUCCAUGAACCUGUGGAACCCCCAUGAGCGAGUCAAGAGGCUUGUCGCCGCCAUGGCAGACCUGAAAGCCAGAUACGUCGUCCGAGAUAACGACAGCAUCACCAGUCUCCGAUGGCUGGGACCCAGCCCUGUUGCCGGUGUGGACUGGGUCGCCAACGAAAAGUUCGAGUGGUGCUGA